AUGUGGGAAGUCUUCAAGCAAGUGAAGAUUAACUUGCCCCUGUUGGAUGCUAUCAAGCAAAUCCCUCCCUAUGCAAAAUUUCUCAAAGAUUUGUGCACUCAAAAGCGCACUUCUAAAAAUCAUUUGCCAAAAAAAGUGAGGUUGACUGAAAAUGUUAGUGCUAUUAUUCAGCACAGCACUCCCCCGAAGUAUAAGGAUCCGGGUGCCCCCACAAUCUCGUGCGUCAUUGGUGACAGCAAAAUCGAGAGGGCCCUCCUUGACUUAGAAGCUAGUGUGAAUUUAAUUCCAUACUCGGUCUACCUACAACUUGGUUUGGGCGAUCUUAAGCCGACUUCCGUGGUUUUGCAACUUGCCGAUAGAUCGGUCAAGCAUCCACGAGGUAUUCUUGAGGACGUCAUCAUCAAAGUGGACAAAUUCUACUUCCCGGUAGAUUUUGUGGUUCUUGAUACGGAACCAGUCCAUGACCCAAAAAAGCACAUUCCCGUGAUCCUUGGUAGACCAUUUUUAGCUACGGCUAAUGCAUCAAUUAAUUGCCGAACCGGGGUGAUGGACAUUGCUUUUGGAAACAUGCAAGUCAAACUCCACAUCUUUCAUGCAACUCAACAUCCCUCCAAUGAGGAUGAUUGUUUUCUUGUGGAUGUCAUUGAUGAAGUGGUCGAAGAAUCUCUCCCCUUCAUCCUAAGCAAAGAUCCCCUUGAAACUUGCAUGUCUCAUUUUGACUUCUCAAACUUUGAUGUUGAUCAAGCCAUUCAAGAAGUCAAUUCCUUGCUUGAUAUUAAUGCUAUCAUGGAUGUACCUCCUUGGAAAAUUCCAAAAGAACCACUUCCCCAACUUUCCACCACUCCUCCGGUCCCAUCAUUGUUAUCUCCGCCACAACUUGAGCUUAAGCCGCUCCCGGCCCAUCUCAAGUAUGUGUUCCUUGGUCCAAAGCAAACCCUUCCGGUCAUUAUUGCCUCGGACCUUCAAAAAGACCAAGAGACCAACCUUUUAGCGGUGCUCCAAGAGCAUAAAGAAGCUAUUGGUUGGACAGUGGCAGAUUUGAAAGGAAUUGACCCCUCCAUUUGUAUGCACCGCAUUCAUAUGGAGGAUGACGCAAAGCCUACUAGAGAGGUCCAGCGCCGGUUAAAUCCAAACAUGAAGGAAGUGGUCAUGAAAGAGGUGAUCAAAUUGCUAGAUGCGGGAAUCAUCUAUCCUAUCUCUGAUAGCAAGUGGGUGAGCCCCACACAAGUUGUCCCCAAGAAAUCCGGGCUCACCGUUGUUGAAAAUUCAGCGGGCGAGCUCGUGCCACAACGAACCACCACCGGGUGGCGUGUAGACAAGGCAAAAGUUGAGUUAAUCUCUAAUCUUCCUCCUCCGAAUUCCGUCUGUCAGAUCCGUUCUUUUCUUGGCCAUGCCGGAUUCUAUCGUCGCUUCAUCAAAGAUUUUAGCAAAAUCUCACGGCCCUUGUGUAAUCUCUUAGCCAAGGAUGUUCCGUUCAAUUUUGAUGACGCUUGCAUGGAAGCUUUCAUCAAACUUCGCAUUCUCCUCUCCUCUGCCCCGAUCAUGAAACCCCCUAAUUGGUCUCUUCCCUUUGAGAUCAUGUGUGAUGCAUCCGAGUAUGCAUUAGGGGCGGUUUUGGGCCAACGUGUGGAUAAACUUCCGCAUGUCAUUUAUUAUGCUAGCAAAACUCUCUGCGAUGCCCAAUUGAACUACACCACCACUGAAAAAGAAUUGCUAGCUGUGGUGUACGCCUUGGAUAAAUUUCGCUCCUAUCUUCUUGGCUCCAAGGUCAUCGUCUUUUCAGAUCAUGCCGCUCUUAGGCAUUUGUUAGCGAAAAAAGAGACAAAACCCCGCUUAAUUCGAUGGAUCCUCUUACUUCAAGAGUUUGACAUUGACAUCCGGGACAAAAAAGGGACCGACAAUGUUGUCGCCGAUCAUCUCUCUCGCUUACUUAUUGAGAAAUCUUCAGAAUUUGCAGCCAUCCGUGAUUCCUUUCCGGAUGAGCAACUUCUUCAAGUUUCACAUUCUACUCUUCCGUGGUUUGCGGAUAUUGUCAAUUAUCUUGCGGUUGGCAAAAUUCCAGCUCAUUGGUCCAAACAAGAGAGGGACCGGUUUUUCUCCCAAGUCAAGCAUUUCUUUUGGGAAGAUCCGGAAUUAUUCAAGUAUUGCCCGGACCAAAUCAUCCGGCGAUGUAUUCCUGAAACCGAGGCCACAAGCAUUUUAAAUUUUUGCCAUACUCUUGCUUGUGGAGGCCAUUUCAGUGCCAAAAAGACCGCUAACAAAAUCCUUCAAAGCGGAUUCUUUUGGCCUACCUUGUUCCGGGAUGCAUACCAUUUUUGCAAAUCGUGUGAACGAUGUCAAAAACUUGGAUCCAUGUCCCGAAGAGACAUGAUGCCCCUCACCAACAUUUUAAUUGUUGAAAUUUUUGAUGUGUGGGGGAUUGACUUCAUGGGACCAUUUCCAUCUUCUUAUGGCUAUGAGUACAUCCUUGUAGCGGUGGAUUAUGUGUCUAAAUGGGUUGAAGCCGCGGCUACCAAAACCGAUGAUCAUAAAGUCGUGAUCCAUUUCAUUCAAUCUCACAUCUUUAGUCGUUUUGGUACACCCCGAGCAAUCAUUAGUGAUGGCGGAUCUCAUUUCCGAAAUCGUUAUCUCAAAUCCGUCCUUGCUAAAUAUUCAGUCAUUCAUAAGGUUGCUACACCUUACCACCCUCAAACGAGUGGUCAAGUAGAGAUUUCUAACCGGGAGAUUAAGCACAUUUUAGAAAAAACGGUUAGACCGGACCGCAAAGAUUGGUCAUUACGGCUAAACGAUGCACUUUGGGCUUACCGGACAGCUUAUAAGACACCCAUUGGCAUGUCACCAUAUCGACUUGUCUUUGGCAAAGCAUGUCAUCUCCCGGUAGAAUUAGAGCACCGUGCUUAUUGGGCCGUAAAAAGGUUCAAUUUUGAUCUCAAACAAGCCGGCUCUAAUCGUGCGUUGCAAUUAAAUGAACUUGAGGAAUUGCGUAAUGACGCGUAUGAAAAUGCAAAAAUUUACAAGGCAAAGACUAAAGCUUUUCAUGACAAACACAUCGUCAAAAAGUCUUUUGCCCCGGGACAAAAGGUCUGGCUUUUCAAUUCCCGCUUGAAGCUCUUUCCCGGUAAACUCCGGUCAAGAUGGGAUGGUCCAUACAUUGUCACUACCAUCUUUCCUCAUGGAGCAAUCGAACUUCAUGAUCCUGCAAGUGGAUCACUCGCCAUGACUAGGUUCAAGACUACAGCUAACUGGACUUAUGGUCGUCGAGUGAGGCAGCGGACUGAGGAGCCAGCUCCUGCACACUCAAAGCAUUCUUCCUCCUCUUCUUCCUCAUCUUCAGAGAUGGCGCAUGAGUCCAUUUUUGAUGAGGACAUUUUUGCACGGGCAAUCACGGCCAAGUGGUCGUACGACGAGAUCUACCAUCGCCACUUUUCUCCCAUUUUGGCCCCAGUGACCAACCCAGUCUACCCGAGACUAGUUCGGCUUUUCUACCAGAACCUUAGGCCGAGUCCGAGUAACCUAGCAGAGUUGCGGACUAGCAUUGAUGGGCACCUUAUCCGUAUUACUGUCGAGACACUAUCGACAGCCUCUCAGUGCUCACAUACUUGUCCUCUGGGGAUUAAUUACCCGACUUUGCAGAGGCCAUCAGAUGCCAACAUGGCCACAACCCUUCAUGGCACCAUCAUUGCCGCCGACACUUAUGCCAUCAGCAAGGACUGCAUGUGGUUCUUUAAUUCGGUCUUGUACCAAAAUCUCCUCAGGGACCAACAAUACCCAUUUGAUCCAGAGGAGGUCACCAAGCUUGGUACAUGCCAUUACCGAUGGAAGGACUGGAAGAAAAGCUACAAUGCUCUUAUCAAGAGUCUGGAAAUAGAGGUAGCCCAGACAGCGGAGGAUGCAAAGGUAGAGGAGGAGAAGGCAGCAGCAGUAGCAGCAGCGGGAGUUGAUAUUGACUUAGAACAGGAGCCUCUAGUGGGAUCACCAUACCCUUUACAGGAGCAGAGCCACCACUCCCAGAGCCAGGACGAACAUCAAUCUUCUGAUGACUCGAGAUUGCACCGUCGGGAUGACCCAUUCAUUCCUGACACUCAAGCUCAAUCUAACAUGCGAGAUGAGUGUUUUCAAGCAUUACAGGACGCAGUCCUUUCACUUAGGGCAGAUAUGGCCACCCUCCGCACAGAUGUCAUGACAGCGCUAGGAGACAUAUCUAGUCAGAUUCGGGGUUUACGCUCCGCCAGACCGUCAUCUUUUGCCUAA